AACAAGCUUCAUGACCGACGAAAGCUCAUCCCGAAACCGUACCAUAAAUAAUGCAUUAAAAACUAAGACGCAACACAUAGGAGAUCAAAGCAAUAACAAAACAUUCCACAGAGCACGUAUUUUGUUGCCAAAUUCGCCAUCGUCUAAUGUAACAUAUUUCGGAAAGCAAUGCCCUCCGCGGAACCACCGGGAAAGGAUGGGGACCAACAGCAGCAACAGCAAUCCUCAUCUCGCCAAGACAAUCAACAGCAGGAUCGAAAUGGUCACGUCGAAGCAACGAAUGGAACCCAGGCCUUGCUGGUGUCAAAUCAGACGGCAGCAGGUGAUCCAGACCGUCAGCUAAUACCCGCCGAUCGUAUCCUCCAUGUGGACGACUGUCCGGGAGCCCCGCUGGACCUGCCGACCGUGCGUGAGUUUACGCAGAACGACAAGAUCAACAAGUUUCUGCUGAACUCCUUUCUGCAGCGAAUCAAUGAAACUGAUCUGGGAGAGAUCCGUCGGAACGACGCUAGCGGAGACGGUGAGCUGGAGCAGGAUUUUGAGGUGUGAGAAGGGCGGACGAUGCUCCAUCGAAGGGGGUGGGUUUUUGGGUUGUGUUUGUAUGUUAAGAACAUUUUUUUGGCCUCACAAGCAGCUUUUUUGGUGCUGGUAUUGAGUGAGACGAAUUAAUAAAAUCACGGAAGGUCUGAACGUUGAUGAUUGAAUAUUUUUGUUUAUAUUUGGAGGUACGUUUCCAAACUUCCAGUAUUUCUUUACGGGUAAUGUCCUAAAAGCAGAACUUCUAAUAGUGAGAAAUAUUUAAAUGAUAAAAAUACCUUCAGACACUAGAUGUUUUAUGUCUUAAAUAAUGGAAUUGGUUAUAAAAAGCCUAGCGCUUGAAUUUAUUUUCCACUCUUUAUGGCAUUGUGAAUAUGAUUUAAUAAGAAGACGCGUGCUAACAUCGGUUUAUAACUUAUAUAAUAGCUCAGUUGAUCACAUUGACAGAUCUAUAAAAUUACCGAUUAAAAAAUGCAUACACCUCAUUCAACACAGCAAUUUACUUGACACAGUCGUCACCAUGGCUGCAGACUGAUAUUGCUUUGCUCGUUUUCGUUUUUAAUCAGAGAAGCAUUGCAAGCAGACAGAAGCAACGCGAAGCGAAGAGAUUUAUUUAUUUAUCGUCUGCCUUUAUCAGUGCGCCACCGUUGUCCUCGUUCUGCGAAGACGUCUCAAUCGUAAGUAAACGCUGUUCAGUAGUGUUUUGGUACCUAACAAAGUAGGUUGUGAUAUUUGAACGUUUGCGCCUAUCCCGUCGCCUACUCAGAUUAACAUGGAAAUGAAAAUGAUCCCCCCGAAGAAGCGCCUCUCGGUGGAGGCAUUCGCACCUUCGAUAGACGAUAGUAAUGGCCGCACGGGCUCAGGUGAAAGUGAUGCGGUGACACUUAAGCCAGGUUCGAAAAUACGACCCAUCGUAACCGAGGAAGAUGUUCGAAAGCUCGCGGAACGACUGUACGGCAUCAUCAUACUGGAGAUGUGCGAGCUGGAUUCGUAUGACGAUAAGAACUAUUUGAUCCAGGCGGACAGACUCAUAAAAAACCCCAUCCUCAAGACGGUCAGCCCGAACGGAUACGUUCUGAAGAUUGCCAAUUCACUGGACUCUCAGAAUGAGCUGUUCUUCGAGGGACAAACGGAGGUCAUGCAUCGGCUGGUCAGUCAUCAGAUCCGCUGCCCAUUGCCGAUCCGAAACAUCUUCGGCAAGUUUCAUUCCCUGGAAAAGUUAGGCCAAAGCAAACACGUAGUACGGCUGCUCGAGUACAUACCGGGGAAGGUUUUCCACGGAGUGCCCCAUCCGGAGCGUUUGUUCUACCAGGCGGGAAUGUUUAUCGCUCGAGUUGAUGCGGCUCUGAAGGGCAUCAAACAUGAAGGCGUUUUGCAGCGCGAAUCGGUCUGGAAGCUGGAUAACUUCCUCAAGUUGGAGGAGUUUCUAUAUGUUAUUAAGGAUGAGCAUCGUAAGGAUAUAGUUGAGCAAGUUUUGGUGGCCUUCCAGAAGCGAAUCGUGGCCAACAGCGAAGAAUUAGAGCGCGGUGUAAUAUAUGGAGACUUCAACGAACAUAACAUCAUCGUUAACCGCAUGGAUGAUAACCCGAAGGAGUACGACAUAGCUGGGAUCAUUGAUUUCGGUGAUAUCUGCUACUCAUACUAUGUGUUUGAGCUGGCCAUCGCAAUGACCUACAUGAUGCUGGAGUCAAAUGAUUUGGACACCGGAGGUCUAAUCAUGGCUGGGUACGGCAUGUUGAGAUUGAUUCCACCGCACGAAAAAGCCAUACUGAAGGUGGCGAUUGCUGCUAGAUUGUGCCAAAGUUUGGUGUUAGGGCUUUACACAUCGACCGUGGACGAGAACAAUCAGUACAUUCUAUCAACGCAGACCCGGGGAUGGGGUUUGCUCGAAGCGUUGUGGGCUGAGAAGGAAAAAGAUCUUUUGGAACGCUGGGAGAAGGUGGCGGUUCAGUUUCUGACUCGAAGUCCGAAAUGAUGUCAGUAGGAGCGAAGAUUGGUGUGAGAUGCCUUGAUAAACGAAGCAAUCGUUUGAUACUGUAACCUGAUUUCAGUAGAAUACCGAGAGCAAUUUUAUUGUUGCCUUAUUGCACAUGAAAGUUUAGGUAGCUAAGAACAAAUCACGUUGAUAUUCUUGUUGUGUUUUUAUAACUUCAUUGCGACCAGCUGAAGCUUUUAUUACUGUACGUAUGUAGCAUUAGUAAAUAAAUAUGUUAUUUCAGAAA